UUCCCCAAUUAAACAUCUCGCACUUCUGAUCCUCUUUAUUUAUGAUCCUCUUGCCUUUUUAUUUUAGGCAAAUUCAGCUAACCAUAUGACUGUACAUAUAUGUAGGUUUUUAUAUAUAUCAUGCCUUGCACCUUUUUUUGGGUCAAUUCUUUGCUAUGAUCAUUCUCUCCAGCAAAGGAGAUUACUUAUCUGGGUGUAGCAGAUUUCAUUCUUUAGGUACAUCUGGGUUUGGGUAUUGGGAUAUUCUGACUUUUGCUUGAGAAUUUGGAAGUGGGUGUUGCGUAGUUUGAAUCUUUUUGUUGCUUUUGUGUUUUUAUAAAUAGUUAUUACGGAUUUUUUAUUUUGAGGGAAAACUUGGAAGUGGGUAUCGCAGGAUUUUGAUUCGUUUAGGAUUAUGUACAGGUGGGUACAAGAAAUUCGGGUUCUUGGGACAUAUUCACCAAUCGUUGAGGGGGAUUUUGGCAGUCAUCGGAGAUUUUGAUUCUUUCAGGAUUAUCAUGUAGAGGUGCGUGUCAGGAAUUCGGAUUCUUGGGGGAUAUUCACGAAUCGUUGUGGCCAUUUGGGGGCGAAAGUAUAAAGGAUGAUUUUAGGAUCGAUUAAGAAUAUAGUACGCUGUUGAAAAGGAAUUUAAAGUUGUCUGUUUUAACUUGUAUGUUUGUUGGGUUUCUCGACGUUUACGAGGACUUUUAAACUAAUCUAUAAACAAUCACAUCUAUGUCAAUUUUUCUAAUGGGUAGUUUCAGAGUGGGUUGCUCCUCAUUUUCCCAAAAUUGAGGAUGUGUGCAUGACGAAACAAGUCAGUUCUGUGUGUUUGUGUGUGUGUGGGAGCAUCAAUGCUAGUGGGACUCUGACCGUUACAACCAAUACUUCUGCUGUCCUUGAGAGGCUUUGUCAUGGGUUGUUAUCAGUUUGGUAAGACUAAGAAGUUUUGUGAAGAGAUUUAAGGGUUACUUUUCAGUUUCUAUUUAUUCCUUAUGCGAAAUUGCUGAUGGAUUAAGGAUCAAUGUUCUUUGUAUUCCUCCAUUUAUGAAGAUUAAGGGACAUGAGCUAGGCAGCAAUCUCGUUUGGUUUGGUUUGGCUUAUUUGAAAAUCUUUGUGGGUCAUGGGGUUUCUUAGCAUAGUGGGGAAUUCAUUCGGAUGUUCAGCAUCGGGGGAGCGCUUAGUUUCAGCAGCAAGGGAUGGGGACCUUCAAGAAGCCAAGGCAUUGUUGGAUUAUAAUCCCCGUCUUGCGAGGUACUCAACUUUCGGUGUUCGUAAUUCCCCACUCCAUUACUCUGCAUCUCAGGGCCACCAUGAGAUAGUCUGUCUCUUACUCGAGUCUGGAGUUGAUAUUAAUCUCCGAAACUAUCGUGGUCAGACUGCUUUGAUGCAAGCUUGCCAGCAUGGUCAUUGGGAAGUCGUUCAGAUUCUGGUUGUUUUUGGAGCAAAUAUUCACAGAGCGGAUUAUCUGAAUGGGGGUACUGCCCUCCACUUAGCUGCUUUGAAUGGUCAUUCGCGGUGCAUUCGUCUCCUCCUUGCAGAUUAUAUACCUAGCAUCCCCAGUAUCUGGAAUGUAUUAAGGAAAAGAUCAGACAGUGAAGAAUCAAUCUUAGAAUUUGAUGACAGUGAUCUCUGUCAUGUAAUUAAUAAGCCUGCUGAUGGAGGCAUCACUGCUCUCCACAUGGCAGCACUGAAUGGGCAUGUCGAGAGUGUGCAAUUGCUCUUGGACUUGGGGGCAUCUGUCUCUGAGGUCACUGUGGAGGAUGGAACCACAAUCGAUCUAAUAGGUGCUGGAAGCACAGCUCUGCAUUAUGCUGCAUGCGGGGGAAAUGCACAAUGUUGUCAAAUUUUAAUUGCCAGGGGUGCCAGUCUGACUGCUGAAAAUGUGAAUGGAAGUUGGCUUGAGGAAAUUCUUAGAACCGAGAUGGCAGAGCAGGCACGAAUUCUUCCUACACCCUAUCUGUCACUUCCCCUUAUGAGCAUUUUCAAAAUUGCUAGAGAAUGUGGAUGGAGGACAGGUGAAUCUUCAGCCGCAUGUCAUGAUCCAUGCGUCGUCUGUUUGGAAAGAAAGUGCACAGUAGCUGCAGAAGGUUGUGAUCAUGAAUUCUGCACACGGUGUGCCUUGUACCUUUGUUCCACAAACUGCACGUCAAACGUUGCUAAUGGUCCCCCGGGCUCGAUAGCAUGUCCUCUAUGCCGGCAUGGGAUAGUUUCAUUUGUCAAGCUUCCUGCAACUAGACCAGUUGUUAAGGAGAUUGCGAGAACGAGUUUGUCCCUAACAUUUUGCACGUGUUCUGGCGAAGAACCAGAGUCAUCUUCACUAGAGACCCCAUUUUGCAAGCCCGAGCUAUGUUGCUCCAGAAUUUCCCCUCUAGGAUCUUCUUUCCGCUCUCUGAGCUGCCAGAGGUUCCCGUCCAUGAGAAUUAACUAUAACUUUCUUUGCAAGGGAGCUCCAGAUAUUUGUCGUUCUUUAGUUCCCUGCAUUGUAAACCGAAACUUGCGAAGGUGUUCAAGAUCAGGCUUUAGGCGAUCGGCUUCUGAGGGCAGAAGAACAUGGCUCACUGCUUUAAAUCACUAUGUAACUUCUGGCGGUGGAUGAUGAAAAUUUUUUACUUUUACUGCAUUCCCUUUUUUUGGCAUUCCAAAAUCCAAAGCAUGGUUUCUCCUCUUUUCUUUUUUGCUCCUGAUAAAAUAAUGAGGAACUCUUUGGAAUUAAAUGAUGAUAAUUGUGCUUGUAGAUCUAUUAAUUAUGUCAGCAACUAGCUAGAGGAUUCAUUCUUCUUACUCUUUUUAUGCUAAUUUUUGAACUUCCAGAAAAAUAAAGACUUUCGAAUCUUUUUAUUUU